UAUCUAAAUAAAAACCAGCUAUACACAGGGGAGAACGACUACUACAGAGGAAGAGCAAAGAAAAACACCUGGCUUUAACGAACGCUGAAUGAGAGUUGAUGGCAGGGGACAAGCCCCUAGAGGUGACAGGCACGUACACACCUCUGCCCACUUUCAGCCUCAGCUUCUACCUGCAGCUUCCGCUCCCGGGAGAGAAUCUUCGCCUCCUGCGUUCAAUACCCAACCAGGAAGUGGAGAAGAAAGCAAAGCAGAGAGGGAGGCAGUAGCGCCCGCUCGCAUUAGGGUGGGGGGUUACCCGGCCGCGCUGGAGAGGAUUUUCCAGUUACGCGCACACACUAAUCCGCAGCCUCCGCUUAGCACGGCUGCCAGUCUCCCCACGCACCCGCCCGAUGGCUUCUCUGCAGGACCCUCUGCCUGAAGAUCAUGCUGCAAAAGAGCCUGUGGAAGAUACAGAUCCAAGCACUUUUCCAUUAGAAAUGAGAGAAAAGUAUCCUGUCCAAGAUACACGGCUACCUAAAGAUGAGGAGUACCUAACAGAUAAAGUUACAUUGGAAAUAGCAUCUAUUAACAUCAGGAGUCUUACAUCAGAUUCUGACCUAAUACAACAGCCAAAAGAGAGUGAUAGUCAAAGCAAUACUGGAGAAUCACUUUCAGAUAUGAGGAGCUCCUGCAAAGAAAAUGGCACCUGCUCCUUAUGUUUGUCCCAUGCUCCAACCAUCAGUGACUUGCUCAAUGAUGAGGACUUGUUGUACACAAUGAGAAUAAAGUUGGAUCCAUGCCACCCUACAGUAAAAAACUGGAGAAAUUUUGCAAGCAAAUGGGGAAUGACCUAUGACGAAUUGUGUUUCCUGGAACAGAAACAACAAAGCCCUACGUUGGAAUUUUUGUUGCGGAACAGUGACAGGACUGUGGAACAAUUGAUUGAUCUGUGUAAAUUAUAUCAAAGAAUGGAUGUUGUGAAAGUGCUGCUGAAGUGGGUGGAGGAAGAAUGGCCAAAGAGAGGGAAUGGAACCUAUCAGAAUCACUUCUAGGUCAAAGAAAAUUGUUAGCUUGAAAAAUUGACUUGUCUGAUUACCACUAGUGAGAGGGAAGCUUUCCUUGUCAGUGAAAGGGCACACACCAUCAGUUUAUGCAGAAUGCAAGCUUUUAUUAUAUAUGUAUUCCAAGCAAAGAUAACCUUCCAAAUGUGAACAGAAUAUUACUAAUACAGAGUUGUCUUCCUGAGUCUGCAAACAUUUUAAGUCUUUUCCACUGCUCAUAGAUUUCCCAAGAAGGAGCAGAGUGAAAAUGAUACAGCAUUGAGCAAUAUGACCCUUGCAAACAGAACCUAGAAAGGAGUGAAACUGACAAGAAUGUCAGUUUCCCACUGCUGUUGAUUUGUAAAGUUUUGAUCAGCAGCCAAGAUGCUUGAACCCUUACUGGUAGCCCUGCCUCCAUCUUUCAUAUCAGCUUCUAUUUAGUAGGUGUCUGGUAAUAUUUCAAGCCCUAACAGGAGGAAUAAAAGGAGCUGUUAGAAGUGUUUAAAUAUUUUUGGUGUAGGAACCCCUCUUGUGUUUCCAAGAUCAGUUUGCUUUUGCAUUAUUGGAUUAAUUUAAUGUUUGAAUACCCCAUUUUGCAAAAAUUUCAUUUGGAUACUCUUUAUAUAUAUAUAUAUAUAUAUAUAUAUGACAUUAAAUGAAACUGUUGUGUAAUUCUA